UCCUCUCCCUCUUCCUCUCCCUCUUCCUCCUUACCUAUUAAACUUUUCUUUGAACCUUUACAUGCCCUAUAUAUUGGUAGUAUUCUCCUAAGUGAAAGGUUUUUACAUUUAAAUACACAUAUUAAGGUACAGAUUUAUAUAUUCACAUCAUGGGUUUGAAAGAUAUUGGGUCCAAAUUACCACCGGGGUUUCGGUUUCAUCCAAGCGAUGAAGAGUUGGUUUGCCAUUAUCUUUGCAACAAGAUAAGGGCCAAAUCUGACCAAGGUGAUGUUGAGGAUGAUGACGUUAAUGAAGCCUUGAAUGGUGGUACUGAUCUUGUGGAGAUUGACUUGCAUAUUUGUGAGCCAUGGCAGCUUCCUGAUGUGGCAAAGCUGAACGCAAAAGAAUGGUACUUCUUCAGUUUCCGCGAUAGAAAAUAUGCGACUGGAUAUCGCACAAAUAGAGCGACAAUAAGCGGAUACUGGAAAGCAACAGGUAAAGAUCGGACGGUGAUGGAUCCACGUACAAGCCAGUUGGUAGGGAUGAGAAAAACACUGGUCUUCUACAGGAACAGAGCACCAAAUGGGAUCAAAACUACUUGGAUCAUGCACGAGUUCCGUCUUGAGUGUCCUAACAUGCCACCUAAGGAAGACUGGGUCUUGUGCAGAGUGUUCAACAAAGGUAGAGACUCAUCACUACAAGAUAAUAACAAUAACAUUGAUCAUCAGGUGCAAAGGGUUGAAAUUAAUGACCCUCCAGAUCUUAAUUGCGCUCCUAAUUACAACAAUUACUUGCAACCUUUACUAUCAUCCCCUCCUUCCACCACCAUCGACCCUCCACAUGAUCAUCAAUAUGAUGAGUGGGAGCAGCUAAUGAAGCAGCCUUCAAGGACCACGGACCAUCCCUAUCACCACCAUUGUCAACAUCAAACCAUACCACGUGGUUGGGAGCAGAUGAUGAUUGGUUCGAUGUCGUCAUCGUCGAGCCAUGGCCCUGAUCACGAGUCAUUACUAAAUUUGCUUUACGCCGACAACAACAACAGUACUGUCACCAUCACUGAUAAUCAGAAUUAUGAGAAGAUAUUGUUGUCAUCGGAAAUCACGAGUUUGGAUCAUGAUAAGACAUGUAUGGGAUCAUCAUCCGAUGGUGGUAUGGUCUCUGAUCUUCACAUGGAAUGUGGUGGCUUGAGUUUUGAGACCGAGAACCUCCUUGCUUUCCAUUGAAAACGCACUACACAAAGGUUUUUACACACAUUCGCCGAUUUGUUGAUUCGAGAAAUAUACAUAUAUAGUAUCUGUAGAUUUAUCAAAUAUUAUACAUGUAAGUUGUGUGUGGC